AUGGCUCCCCCUAAUCCAGACUUCCCCGCAGUCCGCGCCUGCAUUUUCGACAUGGACGGGCUCCUCAUCAACUCUGAAGACAUAAUCAGUCUAUCCACGAACCAACUGCUGGAAAGGUACGGAAGGCCUCCGUUGACUCCGUCGAUUCGAGCCCAGCUCAUGAGUGUCGCAGACUCGACAAAUGGCGAUAUAUUCCACCACUGGGCCAAGUUACCUAUCUCCCGCGAGAAAUUCGCCCGUGAAUCAAGCGAGGGCAUGCGACUAUUUUUCCCGGAUUGCAGGCCGUUGCCUGGCGCGGAGAAGAUUCUAUCGAAUCUAAGCCGUGCACGGAGUGCUUCGUCUGGGGACGUGAUUCAGCUGGCUUUGGCUUCCAGCACCAAGACCCGUAGUUAUGAGUUGAAAACUGCGGGGCCGGAAUCGAAACUACUGUUGAGCUUCUUUCGGUCGGACAGGAGAAUCCUGGGUGAUGAUCCACGAAUGCGACGGGGUCGAGGGAAGCCAGCGCCCGAUAUUUAUUUGCUCGCGUUGCAGUCUUUGAACUCGGGAAUAGACUCUGAGGAAAAGGCUAUCCUACCCAAUGAAUGUUUAGUCUUCGAGGAUAGCAUCGCUGGUGUAGAGGCUGGGAGACGCGCUGGUAUGAGAGUUGUUUGGGUACCGCAUCCAGAUGUGGCGGUCGAGUAUCAGCCGAUGCAUAAAGAUAUCCUGGCUGGGAGAUCAGGAAGAUUUAAGAUCGGAGAUGACUGGCAGCUAGGAGAGAUUGAUGAUGGCUGGGCAGAAAGUAUACCUAGUCUGGAAGACUUUGAUUACGAGAAGUACGGCCUCGAUGUGGCAUUUUAA